AAGAAAUGGAACGUCAAAUUUCCGAAAAAAAGAAAAAAGAGGCCGAAGAGGAAGAAAAGAAAAAGGAAAUGGAGUUAUCUGAUAAAAAGGAUAAUAAAAAGGAAGAAAAGAAAUACGGAAAAGGACACAAGCCUGAAGCUUUAGAUCUAUCUCGUACAAUUCCAGCAUCUGCCAUAGGACCCGGUCCACUUAGUAGUGCUCGUAUCAUCGAUGACUUGAGUUCAGUUCAAUAUCCAGCACACAUUAAGUCUCCAAACCCCGAGUUAAACACAAAUUCUGAACCCGGAAAAUUCAAAUACGACCGUAAAUUCCUCAUGCAAUUCAUGGAUGUUUGUAAAGAAAGGCCUGAUAAUUUGCCAGUAUUAGACGCUGUUGGCAUGGAAGAACCUAAAGAUGAUAAAAGAGGUGGCGCUAAGAAUUCGCGUCCCGGGAGUCAACGUGCUUCGCAACACACCAAAGGUAGCCCAGGUCAAAUGCAGUAUUCUCAAAUGGGCGAAUUUAGACAUGCAAAGAACAGCGAUGAAAGGUUUAUGGCCUCAUCAAACUAUGGUUCUAGGACAAGUUUUGGAAAACCUACACUUGGCCCUCGUACUGCUAGUGGGAGUACGAUAUUACCACCUAUGGGUGCAAUGAAUCCACCGAGUCCUGGUCGAACACAGAGUAAUCCUCGACGAAACGAUAAGCAUAAGAAAAACGGACAUCAAACCCAACAUGGUCAGAAUAUGGGACAAGAUCCUGUGCAACCUCUUGAAUUUACCGAGAAUCGGUGGGUCCCGCAUAAUAAAGCAUCAGAAGACCGAUUGCAAAUGGAAAUAAUACAACGCAAAGUGAAAGCGUUAUUGAAUAAGUUGACUUUAGAAAAAUUUGACAGCAUAUCAGAUCAAAUAAUCGAAUAUGCUAACAAAUCUAAAGAUCAGAGAGAUGGAAGUAUAUUAAAAGAGGUUAUUAGCCUUACUUUUGAUAAGUCGUGCGACGAACCUAAUUUCAGUCAAAUGUAUGCACAGCUUUGUCGUAAAAUGAUGGAAAGAAUAGAUCCAGAAAUAAUUGACGAAAAUAUGAAAAAUCAAGACAAAUAUGUUCAGGGUGGUGCAUUGUUUAGGAAGUACCUCCUGAACAGAUGUCAAGAAAAUUUUGAAAAGGGUUGGAAAGUCAACGUUCCUGUCCCAGCUAACGAAAAAGGCGAACCUGAUCUCAUGUCAGAAGAAUAUUACAUUGCAGCGAAAGCAAAAAGACAUGGACUUGGACUUAUACGAUUUAUUGGUGAACUGUUCAAAUUAAACAUGCUUACCGAGCGUAUUAUGCACGAAU